UAGAAGUUUAACCAUCCGUGACAGGUCCAAGAUGUCGGGCAAUCAAUUUGAAGACGUGUCUCAUUACAGUUCUUUUCUUUGCGGAAUUUGUUUCGGACAUUUUAACAAACCGAAAGCUCUCCCGUGUCUACACACGUUCUGUGAAAGCUGCCUACACGGCUACGUUGCCAGUCGGUGCGGUGGGCGUGUGCAGUUUCCUUGCCCGGUGUGCAGGCAAAUUAUUUACCUGCCUCAAGAAGGUGUCGGAUCAUUUCCCGAUAACACCAUCAUACUUGGAUUAAUGCAAAAACUCUCUUCAGACAACACAACGGAACCGGUUGAGCUGCCUCCAAGCUAUCAGUCACUUUUUGGCGGGAAGGCAUUUGACGUGGACGGCGGUGAUGACGUUGACGUACUUGGAGCGACGUUACUGACGAGUUUCGGAAGUCAUGGCACUGCGAAUGAUCAGUUCACACACAUUUCCGGUUUGGCUGUGAACCCGUACACCGAUGACGUAGCCGUAGCAGAUUGCAGCUUGAACAAGGUGGCUAUAUAUUCCAUGCGCGGGGAACACAGGUCCACCUUCUUCUGUGAUUGUUCUGUCAGAGACGUGUGCUUCGCUAGAGGCGGGAGCGUCUUUGUGACGGUCAGUCGUUCUGGGUCUGCGAUAGUACGAGAGUAUUCACUGGACGGCAGAGUGUUAGCAUUGCACGGGUCGUUUUACAAGUACGAUAACCCGUGUGGAAUCGCCGUUGAUUCAAGACAGAAAGUUGUUAUUGCAAGUCUGGAAAAAAACUGUAUCCACGUUUUGACUGACAGGCUGAAGCCAUCGAUCAAUUUUGGAUCAAAAGGAGCAGGUGUUAAUCAUUUUUUGCACCCGUAUUAUGUUGCUAUCAACGGUAGAAAUGACAUCAUCGUUUCCGACAGUGGAAACCACAGGGUCAAGGUACACCAAGGUAACGGACAGUUUAUUCUAAAAUUUGGAGGUCAAGGACACGAAGAGGGUCAGAUGUUUUACCCCAUGGGUGUGUGCGUAGAUCGCCACGACAACAUCUACGUGGCUGACGCCAACAACUACAGAGUGCAGGUGUUCAGGUCAGACGGAGUGUUCGUCGCGUGUCCUAUAACUCGUACGUUUGAUCUGGGCCUUGACGUGAAACCCACCAACGUGGCUGUUCACAAUGACACUCUGAUUGUAGCCCUAAGAGGCAGCCGAUUUAGUGAAAUCCGCCUGUACAGGUGGAGCCCGCCAGUGUCUUUGAGGACUCAGAAACCGUCCAUUAGCUCCUUCUGGUGUUGUUGCAGCAGAGAUAUUCCCUACGACGAACUUUAAAGGCACAACAUUUGAUCUGCUAAAUGGACUCAAUAUAUAUAUUGCCUGUAAAUGGAACAUAUUAAAUAUUUUUUGAAGCAUACAUUGCUCAAGCAGGCA